GAUUUUAGACCAAACAAAUCGGGCUCUGACUAAAAUGUUCAGGCAUACAAGUCAACAUACAGAGCUACACAAAACAAUUUUACGAGGAGAGGAGCAGCCAACUCUGCAGAGAUGUGAAGACUGUUGUUCCUUGUACCACUGCCCUUUCUGUGUGCCUGAGAUGUUCAAACCCACCAUCAAAAGCAAAUGUUUGAAACAUUUACAGGGUCACAGAAGAAGAGCAAUACGACACAAAGAAUUCUUCAUUUUCAAAUGUCAUUUAAAGUGCCGAACUGGUCCACACUUCCACUGUGUCAGCUGCACAUCCACUUUUGUGAGGAAAGAUGGUUUUCUAAAACACCUGGCAAUGUGUGACAACAAAAAACCCAAGAUAACAGUUGUGGAGUUGAAAUCAGAGAAGAAUUCACCUGCACCAGACCUUCAUCUGACUGCAUCUGAGUCUGGCAGCUCUGUGGAGAUGGACCGUGAUGGACACAAUAGCCGGAUCUCUGAGGAUGCUCAGAAAAUCAGACGAAGAAAAGCAAACUUUGAACAAUACUUGUGCCCUAAAAUGGCUGUAAGUGAGGAGACAUUGAGCCCAGGGCCCACUGAUUCAGAGAUGGCAGACCAAGGGUCCACAGGUGAAGGAAGGAUUAUGGAGGAGCAGGUGAGAGCAGAUGAGCCAUCUAAAUCCCCAGUGGAUGAAGGAGAUCCUUCAGUGCUAAAUCUCUCUGUAGUGGAUCACAAUGUCACAGAAACCACUGUCUCAAAUUCUGCGGCCAAUCCUCAUCCUAUGGAGGCUGAUCUCGCCGUAAAGACUUUGGUAAAUGAGAUGUUCACUGGGCACACACCUGUUGAAAGCACCAUCCCACAAAGAUCCAGAUCCGACGCACAAGAUCUGUGUCCUUUCUGUGGUUUAAUGCUGCACAGGAAGAAUCUGCAGGUGCAUUUAAGAAGGAAGCACCCAGAUCAAGUUUUAAACCAGGAGAAACCUGCCUCUGUACAAGUGAAACACCCAAAACAACAGAGACUCCCUUUGCGAAAACAACAGAAGGUUGCAAUGGAGAGCACGAUCAGAGAUGUGUUCAGACAUUGUAUCAGGUUUCCUGUGCCCAUUUCGGCCUCUGUGGUCACUGAAGAGCUUAUGGACACUGCCACUGACAAGCGGUGCAUUACUGUAUUGGCCCGGUGGAGUCAGUGUGAUUUGGAGAGAGGGGUGAAACUGCAUUUCUCUCAAAGAUGGUCUCUACUGUGUACACAUGACACAAUAGAGCAUGUUCUUCCAUCUGGAACAAGCUCACACAUAGAGAAAGAAUUGCUCAGCUGCCAGUCUCCUUCUGGGACUCUUCAAGCUGUCAUCCGAGAGGUAGCAGAACAUCAGUACCUGGAGGUUUGGGGUCAAAAUGGUCUGGAGAAUAGCUUAGACCUCAUAGCUCUGAAUAAGCAUGGGAAAGUGUACGAAGAUGCUCAGUUUGCAUGCUUGGCCUGGUCACCAUGUGAAAAGAAGUUACUGUAUGUGGCUGAGAAGAAGAGGCUGGAGCCGUCAGCUCAAUCGUCAUCUGCAUCAGUCAGUGAGGAUGGAGGGCUAGUGUUGCUUGAGGAACAGGAUAAGAAUGUGUAUAUUGAAGACUGGGGUGAGGGGCUGGUGGGUAAAAGCUGUCCAGUCUUGUGUGUAGCUGAUCUCAAUAAAGCUGCUGUCAUUGUGUAUGCUGGCAUCCCUCCUAAUAUAUCACCAGGACAGGCGCUGUGGGGGCCUAAUGGAAGGGGUGUGGUGUUUGUGGGCCAAUGGAAUGAGCCAUUUAGACUGGGUCUGAAGUUCUGCUCAAAUCGUAGAUCAGCUCUCUUCUACUUGAAUAUGAAAGGGAACUGUGAGUGCUUGUCAUCUGACAGCAUGUCUGUGUCAAGCCCUCGGAUGAGUCCAGACUCGUGUUGGAUCGUCUACUUACAGGGCCAGGUCUUUGGACCGCAUCAUCAGUGCCUGAGCAUGAUGUUGUAUGAUAUGAAGAACAAAAGCACUUCAGUUUUGGUAGAUGUGGUCAGGAGAGCAGAAAAGGGUCAGUUUGCUGGUAUAUACGAGUCGUUGCCGUCUCAUUGCUGGUCUGCAGACAGUGAGAGAAUCUUCUUCAGCAGUGCCUGUGAAAACAAUAAGGCAGUUUUCUCAGUCAACAGAACCACAGGAAGAGUCUCACAAGUGUGCGGGCUGGAUGUGCUAAGACUAGAUGAUUUCGGGAGUGUGCAGCUGUUGACAAUACAAAAAGAACUGAUGGUGAUGAGCUGCUCGUCUCCAAAUCAGCCACCCUGCCUGAGAGUUGGCUUCCUCUCAACAUUUGAUCAGGCUGAGGAUUUGCAACUUUGUAAUCUGGGUGGAGCAGAUGUGUAUGAGGAAUUUUAUUGGCAGCCCAUGUUGAUCACACCCUCGUCUCAAGAAGAGAACCAUCAGUUCUCUGGACUGAAUUUUGGAGCAAUUUUGUUGAAGCCUUACAGUCCACAAGAGAGAAGAAAAACUCCUCUAGUGGUGAAUAUACAUGGUGGUCCUCAUUCUCAUUUCGCUGCUGACUGGAAUGCCACAGCUGCUGCUUUAACCAAACUUGGCUUUGCUGUUCUUAUGGUGAACUACAGAGGCUCCACUGGUUUCGGUCAAGAUGGCAUAGAGUCUCUGCUUGGAAAUGUUGGCAGUCAGGACGUCAAAGAUGUUCAGAGAGCAGUGUUGUGCGCUUUGCAUAAUGAGACUACUCUCGAUCCUGAUAGAGUGGCAGUAAUGGGUGGUUCUCAUGGUGGAUUCCUGGCCUGCCAUCUGGUCGGUCAGUAUCCAGCUUUCUACAAAGCAUGUGCAGCACGAAACCCCGUCAUCAAUGCCGCCACGCUGCUCGGGACCAGUGAUAUCAUAGACUGGAGAUAUUCCUCUGUUGGGCUUCAGUAUGCUUUUGACCAGUUGCCCACAUCACAGUCCCUCACUUCCAUGCUCGAGAAGUCACCUAUAAUACACGCUGCACAGAUCCGAGCUCCUGUUUUGUUAAUGCUGGGCGGGAGAGACAGGAGAGUAUCGCCUCACCAGGGUCUGGAGCUCUACAGAGCACUUAAGAGCAGGAAUACACCUGUCAGGUUGUUGUGGUACAGUGAUGAGGGUCACUCGCUGUCUAAAGUCAACACUCAAACUGACUGCUUCUUCAACAUUGCUCUGUGGUUUAAAGAACAUUUAAACUGACAUUUCUCAGAAGCUUUUUUUAUUUCUGUCUGCACAAUAUUGUGACAUUCUUGCCAAAACUGUAAACGUAUAUGAAUGCUGCACUGAAGCUAAAUGUACAUGCCAUGGAGGUCACUGUCCUUUAGGGGGCAGACAUGUCUAUUAAAUCAGCACUGCUAAAAUAAGGGGUCAGAUGCCAAAGCAUGGAGUCUAUAAGUUCAGAAAUCUGAGCUCCUGUACUGAGAUACUGAUAAUCUAUUUCUAAACAUCCACAGUCUUUUGUGAGAAAUUUGCUCUUCAUUCUUAUUUUAAUGGAUAGUAACAUGGCAAUAUUUUUUAGAUUAAAUCCUUUUGACUUUAAAUACAUUGACUUUGUGAUCGUUUGCAGAUUUAAAUUAGUUUGAAUAUUAAAAAUUGUACAUUUCAGACAGGAAGUACACAAAAAGAAUAAAAAUCUAUUUUCUAGUUUCA